GGUAAUUUCUUCGGCAACCCCAAGAAGGCCCAUGAACAGUAUGAUAUGAGUGUGUGACAAAAACGGUUUGGGAUUGUCGCCGUGACUUUGGCCAUAUAAAAGGGGAUUAUAUCCAUAAUCGACACUGUAAUCGGUCGAAGAAGCCAUGGCAGAUGAAUCCGCGGAAAUGGAGUCAGGUCUCCUAGGUAAAUCUCGUAGUUUCUACGCCAUUUUUUUCACCACACUUGCGGCGCACUUCCGUAAAGAAACCCAGUCACUACCAUAUCAUUUUGGUUCGUUACCGUUGCCUGAUUUUAUUUCUUUUUUUAUGUGAUCACGUCCUUAGAAAAUGUGCAGUCGGCUAUCAGACGAAACAUAGAAUUAUCUUUUAUCAAGAAAGCGAAAAUAGAAUUCAAGGGUGAUCGCUCAGAAGGUCGAAUUUUGGUAAGUACACAUAGCGUUCCUACUAUCUUCGACGUCUCAUUUUGAUCUAAAAUGAUAUCGCUGUGUUUUCUGAAUGAAACGUACAAUUAAAUGCUUAGAUUGUAUAACAAAUUUUCUAAAGAUGCAUUAUUAUGCAGUAUUCUUUUGCACCUUGGUGUAUUCGUGAUCUAUAUCUUCUUUGCUGUCUACCAACAGCUUAAUUACGAGUCAAAACAUUCCUGUACUGUCAAUUGUCCGCGCGAACAAAAGAACGCCAUAGGUAAUGCAUUAAGGGUUUCUUAGGAACGUUUGAUCACAGGGAAAUGGCAGAAAACAACAACUGUUUAAUUAAAAGUGUUCUAAGCUCUCUAAACUUUCUAAUUUUUGAAUUGAUUGCGGCCAUGUCUAGGUUCAAGCAGAUUAGCGUGUCUACGGUAGUAGUUGCUUUAAGGGUCAUUAGAUGAUCUUGCUAAGCUAACAAUAUUAUGAGAGCUUGUUGGUUGUGGGGUGUGUUAUUUGUAAAUUAUUAAUAAUGGGUCAAACUAAUUUCUUUGGAAAAUGAAAGCUCAAUUCUCAUUUCAGAUAAUUUUAAUUUUUCCCAAAUCCAUCUCGUGUUUUUGUAAAUAUUUUCCCGAUGUUUAUUGAUUUCGAAGUUCGAUAUCACAGCUAAUGAUUCAAUUAUAACCCCGGAAAAUAGUAUUGCCUGUGGGAAUUGAUGUCUUCCGUUUUUAAAAAUGGAAUUAAGCAAAACAGAAGGGUGAAAAGUGAAUUUCAUUCACUGUAAAUGGAAAACAAUUCCUUAGAGACUGGUCUAUGUGGAAUGAAUGAUUUAUUAUUAAGCUUUUAUAAAUAACAUUAUUUUCAGUUACCGUCGUCUUCAGUAAUGACAUGCUUCAUGAGUCAGUCGAAUUUAUUCAUGUAGAAAAUUUUCAGAUACACAGUCCAUGUUGUAAUAAUAUUGACAUUGCUUUUCUGUCAGCAAAGCAAAGUUUGUCUUGUGUCGCGGGUCAGUCAGCUUUUCCUCAGGCAGUUAUUUGGUAUUUGAAAAGUCCUUUGGACACUGUAGAUGCCCACAAUAGGCCAGCCAAAAUAUUACAUUAUCAGACCUGCCAUACCCCUGAUAAAGGAAAGUCUGGAGAGACAAUACAAAAAGUAGUGAGAUUCAAUUUUUUUUCCUGAUCGAGUGCCAAUCAAGAUUUCCAUUGGGAGAAUUAAGUGUUUAUUUAAAUGCUACCUUGCUUUAUUUGUAGUCCCUGUUGUAAGAAGAUGCCAUUUUCUUUGAUGACUCUAAUGGGUCAUCACUAGGAUGAAACAAUAGCAAGAGGUCAUUUCCGGAUAACAGGGCUGUCACUGAGGGCGAGGGGCCAGACAUUUCCCCCAGCUUCUAUGAGCACAACUCCUGGCUUCUUUCAUGAGCAGUAAAAGGAAAAUAAAACCAAAAGGACUACUUAUCAGUUCAAUUCCUUGCCUGAUUUUCCCAGCAACUUGAAACCUUAGUGACAGCUCUACGAUAAGCCAACUUCAUGGCCAAAAUGUUCUACAAAGUGGCAUAAAGGCUUAAACACUAGCUACUCUCAGUUUUUUUAAUAUUUGUUUUUUUACACAUUUCUGAAAAGGCACUCUUCCUCUGUAUUUCAGAAUACUUUUUCCUUAAAAAACCGUGACAUUGUGAGACUUGUCAUUAAGCUGAGAAAAUCGUGUGCAAGUACCCAAACCUCAGGCCCCAAAAGCGUCUGAAAGUUGUUGUGUUUUACAUAAUUCAGGGUAGAUGCUUCAGUUGUUUUGCAGAUAACAUGAUAAAACUUUUAGUUAACAGAACAAAUAAUCAAUUCAGCAUUUUCUGUUUAAUGUUGGAAAUCGGACUGUCUCCACACUAGCCGGCCACCGGUGAAUAAUAUUGUCUUUUAUUAUAUACUACCAUAAAUUAAAAAGUCCGAUUUUGUUGAUUUUGCGAGAACUCGUCAAAUUCUUUUGUUUCUGCUUCAAACUAAAGAAUGCCGAUUUGUUUUUUGCAUACACUGUAGAUUAUUAGUCUCGCUUGCGUAAGCAGCAAGACUCAUAAUCUGCAACGCAUUUUCACAUUUUUGUUUGUAUUUUAUACACAAAGAGGGGGUCAUUGUGCCAGGUGUUUCUAGCAGAGACCAUGGAAACUGAGACUAAGAAUUGUUGCCUGAUUGAAGUCACACAUGUUUAGGAAAAACCAAAUUUAGAGCUUUCCAAAACCUGUCGGUCCACAAAUUCUAUCGCUUCAAAGCGUUGAUUACUUUGGAACAAGUGAACACUACUGAGUAGUGGAAUGAAAAAAAAGAAUCUUAAUUAGCAAAACUGCUAUGGUCACGUGUUGUAAACUUUCAUGGGUCUUGUGAUGAGAAUGCAGUAUAUUUUCGGUGAUGAUUGAAAUAACGUGCCAUGUAAAUGACUUUUUGAUCUCUGGCAAUGAUGUAAUUUCUCUGGAAUCGAGACCCUUGAAUUUUCUUGUAUUUAUACAAGUGUAUACACUGUAGCCUGUGGCCGCAGACAUAUUUCUGGUCGUCACUAACACGCAUACUAAAUCAAUUCAGAAACAAGUAAAGAGUAUCCACGUCGAUAAAGUGGAAAGUAAAAAACCUUAAGCGAGUAAAUCUUGUUUCGUGUAGAAUUAAUCACCUCCUCAUUUCUUGAUCUAAUCUCGAAGCGAGCGAGACUGAAUGCCGAUGCAAGCACGUUCUUGUUUCAAGUAAAAGUAGGGAAAAUGGCCAAAAAAAUACAAGGCAAUCUUUUUCUUUGCAAUAAAAGGUCGCAUUCAAAGAUUCAGGCAAUUCUGGCCAUAAAAGAAAAUCGACUCAAGACACGACAUAAGACAGUUAUCUCUUCAUUAUGGUAUUUAACACUUGAUUGUUUUUUUAAAUCUUAGGCCCUUUCUGCACACAGAUUUUAUGUCCUUACCAUUUCCAAGAAUGGAUGUAAGGUACAGUAAUGCAGUUGAUGGUGUUUAAAAGAGUAUCAUUUAUUUGCGAUUAGUGUUUAGUUAUGCUGCGCAUGAGUACAUGUCAUUGUAUUAGUUAGUUCUGUCACUAAGAUUUCAUAUUCCUGGCUACAGUGCAGCUCAGAUAUGAGCGACCAACGCAUACGCAAAAUGUGGGAAACGAAAAUGAAUUGAAUGACUGGGAAGAUCUUUUGCUUUCAUAUUCUCUUUGUUGCUAUGAAAGUAGCUGAGGGAAACCCCCGGCCCCUGCCGGCCCGUAGUGGCAGCCCUGUUUGUAAAGUACGUGUGAUAAUUAAGGCAUGUUUUGUCAUAUAUGGUAUUUGACAUAAAUUGACAUGCAAUCUUAGUAAAUGGUUCACUACAGUUGAUGAUGGUCUAUCAUCAAAUAUGACCAUUGGAGUGGUAAUCUCCCAUUUUUUCAAAUUUCUUUGAAGACCAGUGAACUCAACCUUUUGGGAUUGUCGGAGGCACUUUUUCUGACAACCUUUCUCGAAAUAGCUAUAUACAAUCAUGUACUAUUGGAGUUUGAACUGGCAUUCAUUAUAUUCAUUAUAUAACAGCCAACAUUUUGCAAUGCCACCACUGGUUUCCCCGCAAAAUGACGUCUGAGAACCGAGUACAGAAAUUCCAUACUGUAGUUCUUUGAUUGGUUGAAAAUUUGCUUCAUCCAGUUAGAAACACUACCCAGAUCUGGGUAAUGUUGUGUCAUCAGUAUGGAAUUCCUGCAUUUGUUUCUGAGACAUUUUUGUGGGGAAACCAGUACCGGUGUCACAAAAUGUUUUGAUUGGCUUAGCCAUCAUGGUAUAUGAGCCAUUAUACCAUGCUCUCCAUAUAUGGUCAUUGUACAUGUACUUGUCAGUUUAAGAUUGGAAGCUAGCUGAGAUUUUUUUUCUAAGGAUAGAAUGGCACCCCCCAAAAAAAGUUUCAAUUCUUCAAGUACUAGAAUUAAUGCAAUUUCAUCAAGGGAAAAAAAAACAACCAAACAAAAAAGCCACAAGAGUUUGUUUGAAAGUUUAUCCAUGCAAAACACAUGAAACUAAAAUACCCCCGCCAGCCAGGAAAGAAGACAAUUAUUGUUUCUUAAUGAUCGCAAAGCCACUCGCCGAUAGAUACAGUUGUAACUGCAGCUUGUUUAUCCGACAUUUUAAAAGAAUAUAAAUCACUAGCAACUUAAGCUACAAAUACAAGCUAUGCAGCCAUUCACUACAGCAAUCCAGGUGUCAGUACACAUAUAGCUUCUUCUCUCGACCAGCAAAACCAGCUGGCAGCUUCAAACAACUUCUUAGCAAGCUUUGCAUGAGUUUCUGAAUGGCCACAGAGGGAAUGGUUUUCCUCCAUUGUUCUUACUAUUGUGACAGCACCAAAAAUCCAAAUUCACAGUAAUUUCGAAGGCUUUACUUCAAAAUUCUUUUUUUUCUCAUUAUCUGCAAGUUUUUUAGCUGUCUUGUUGUGUAAAAUCCAAGAAUCCCAAUGAGGUUUCAAUAAUGUUCAUCGCUGUAAUGUUUUGAUUUUUCAUUCAUCCAGUCCGUUUUUAAUAGAACAAUUAUUCCAUUAUAUGAGAUUAUUAUAGCCAACUCAGUGCCGCGUGCCUCGUAGGAUAUCUAUCAUCUCAUAUCCAACACGCACUCGUGGAAUAAUUUUUAAUUUUAAUUAAAUAAUAAUUAUUUAUGGGCAAAAUUUUCAGUGGCUGUACUUUUAUUCUUCUCGGUCUGAAACUGUUUUCCUCUUAUUUUAGGUGGACUUCAGCAUGCAUAUUUUGGAGAUACAGAAAAUUGAGAGUAGUAAGCCUCUUUUAGUAAGUCAGCUCUCAAUUCUUUAAUAAUUAACAAUUAUUGGAUUCAGCUUUUGUAUCAUCUGAGGAAUCAUGGAGUUCUCAGAGGAUAACACCUUCUUCAAUCUCCAUAAUUCGCCAGAAAUGGAGAAAUAUUGUGAAUGGAUAAAGUUAAAUUAUACCACAGAAUCCUGCUAACUUCUACUUCCUAGGGAAAGGAAAGAGUUUGACUCAGUAAGGGUUAUGAGCUAAAACUAACUGAAAAUUGGGCUAAAUGCAUAGUUUAAUUUACCUUAUGAGUCAUAUUGGUUGGUGUGUAGACUGUUGAAGACAAGGUUUUAUUGUAUAUUAGCUUUGACAGUGACAACAGCAUUCAAGUUUCAUGACAUUGCUUUUAUUUUAUAUCCAGUAUUUUAGUUAAUGAUAUAUUUCCUAAGGGUACAUAAUUUUUUACAGUGUAGGUAAGAACUCAUAUUAUGUUAAUACAAUUUUUGUAAUAUUCUGAUGGUAACAUGUUUUGUUUGCUGAAUGAUAGUAUACAUUAAGGGCUAGACUUAACGUAACAUGUAUUAUUUUCAGAUAACGCUGACAUGUGGUGAUAAGCCGUGUUAUUUCCGAGUUUCUCAGCCACGAGACAGUAUAGAGAUAAUUGCUCAUAUUUUAGCUUCACUAAAGUCCAACUUCCCAUCUGGCAACCCUGAGUAAGUACAUGUACAGUGGAACCUCGAUAUAAUGAGGUUUCAUUAUAUAGAGGUUCUUUAUACUGGGGUUAAAAAAAUUGUACCAAGGAUGUGGAGGUACAGUACAAUAUCAAGGUUCAACUGUACAUGGAACAGAAAUAUUGUGAUCCUUCUGGAACAGACAAUAUUGCAUUGUUAUUACUAGUGUCUGUGCUCAUUAACUUUAGGAAAUGUAUUCAUGUCAAUGGCUUUUAAUUAAUACUAAGCUCCUUUUCCUUAUCGCUAUAGCUGUGGUUAUUUUAACAAUGUGUUGUUCCAGAAAAUAUCUGUAACCGCCGAAAGAGAUUUUUUCUAUACAUUUUUUUUUACUCAAGCUGGUUGCUGUCUUUAACUGUUGUUGUUUUUUUGUUGCGCUUCAUAAGCCGACUUCUAAGGGUGGUAUAUGGUCCACCAGAGGAAAGUGAUGAGCGGCAAGCACAAGUAACAACACUUGUAAAUAACCUGCGAAAUACAGAAGGAGACAUUGAAACAGGACCAUGUGGUGAGCAUUGACCCUAUCACUCCCAACCCUUUAAACCCUGAAAUCAACCUGUAUAUUCUCCUCACUGUUCUCCAUGUUUCUUAUUGUUCUGUUUGAGAGAAUUUGUUUAAAUGAUAAAACAUCAAGACAUUUCAUCAUUGGCCAUCAUUUCAUUCAUUCUCUUCCCUUGCACAUUUGAUAUGACAGUGGUAUUGUUUGGAGAAAUAAUGCUGGGUACCGUUAGGGCGUAAAGAGUUAAUAUUGGGAUAAGAAUUAUAUUCAAUUUCUUUUUAAUAAUUUUAUGAGAUAAUAUCAAUUUCAAAUGCUAAUUUUCUGUCAAAGAUGUAAUGGAAAACCCAAAGGAUUUUGUACAAAGCAUAUUGAUUUUAAUGUUAUAGUCACAGAUAAUGUCUCCACUUAGUCUCACAUAAGAAUAAUUAAAUGGUUAAUAAGUUAUUUGGUGUAAUAAUCAGGGCUUCUUAUAUUUCGCGGAAAAAAAAGCAAAAUUUCGCAGGAUUUUCAGGGCCAAAUUCGCGGAAAAAUCGGCCGAUUUCGCUGGAUUUUCGUGGGAAAAAAGUCAAAAUUCGUGGAACAAUCGGCCGAUUUCGCGGGAGAAAAGUCAAAAUUCGCAGAAAAAGUGGCCGAUUUUGCGGGAAAUUUUGGGGGGAAACUUCGCCAAGAAACAAUCAGUAAAAAACAGCCGAUUUCGCUGGGUUUUUUUUGGCAAAUUUCGCUAAAAUCGAUCAAUAUUGCGUCGAUAUGACCAGCGUUGGUGAAUGUUUUUUUUAACGAGGAUAAUCAUUUGCUCUUUCAACAACAGUUCACUCGAGAAAUGAGCGACUGUUAAAGCUACUAACAUUAUGGUUAGUGCCCAGUUUUUCGCAACGCUCAUCUAAAAACGCCUGGUAGUUUUGGGACGUUGUUUACUCGUUGCAGUGACGAAGUUUCAAGCUAAAUUUGGACGUUUGGGGUGAAUAAAACCGGUCUAAUAGCCAAGAUAAGUAUUAAAUAUGUUUUGCCGACAUGUAUUUGGAAAUAUUUCUGGCGGAUUUCGCGGUAUUUCGCGUUUUUUGGGAAUUUCGCGGGAUUUCGCGGAAACACCUGAAUUUCGCGGGUCCGCGACCGCGCGAAAUAUCAGAAGCCCUGAACAAUUUAAUCCAUGUCACUAGACAGGGCUUCUGAUAUUUCGUGGAAAAAAAAGCAAAAUUUCGCGGGAUUUUCAGGGGCAAAUUCCCGGAAAAAUCGGCCGAUUUCGCGGGAAAAAAGUCAAAAUUCGCGGAACAAUCGGCCCAUUUCGCGGGAUUUUAGCGGAAAAGAGUCAAUUUUCGAAGGAUUUUCAGGGGCAAAUAAUUUCCUAAGAAUUUCUUAGGAAAAUCAGCCGAUUUCACGAGAAAUUUCGGGAGAAAACUUCGCCAAGAAACAAUCAGUAAAAAACAGCCGAUUUUGCUGGGUUUUUUUUGGCAAAUUUCGCUAAAAUCGAUCAAUUUUGCGUCGAUAUGACCAGCGUUGGUGAACGUUUUUUUUUAACACGGAUAAUCAUUUGCUCUUUCAACAACAGUUCGCUCGAGAAAUGAACGCAUGUUAAAGCCAUCAACAUUAUGGUUAGUGCCCAGUUUUUCGCAACGUUCAUCUAAAAACGCCUGGUAGUUUUUGGACAUUGUUUACUUGUUGCAGUGAUGAAGUUUCAAGCUAAAUUUGGACGUUUGGGGUUAAUAAAACCGGUCUAAUAGCCAAGAUAAGUAUUAAAUAUGUUUUGCCGACAUGUAUUUGGAAAUAUUUCUGGCGGAUUUCAUGGUAUUUCGCUUUUUUGGGGGAAUUUCGCGGGAUUUCGCGGAAAUACCUGAAUUUUGCAGGUCCGCGACCGCGCGAAAUAUCAGAAGCCCUGACUAGAGUAAUACUGGUUUUUAUUCCUGGGGAUAAGGAAUUGAAUAUAAUCCUGCUAUUGUGUGUUUUCACGUGACGUCAUGGCGGCCAUAUUUGUGUACCGAAACAAUGAAACGGCAGCCAUGUCUGUGUCCCAAACCAGUCUUGUGGGAGUUGAACUCUUUUCUUAUGUAAACGCUUUCUUUUGUUCCAAUAAAUUUGCAUAGAUGCUGGCCACGUGAGCGAAAACACUCUAUAAGCCAUCCCUUUUUUUGUUAUUGCUGGAUACAGACAGUAGAUAGUCAAGUUUGAGUAAUGUGUAUGUUCUGAAAUAAUUUAUUCUUGUUUCGUUAGGUGGAUUUACAAAAGUCUACGUUUCUAUUUGUGACUUUUAUGGACAGCCACAUUUAGAAGAAGUUGUUUGGGUAUGUCUUCAUUUAUCAUCCGUCUUAAUGCCUCUUUGUUCUUUAACCCAUUUGCCCCUGAACCACUCAUAACCUCCCAUGCGGAUCCACGUCCCUUCUACCUCUUGUAAUGGUCAAACACAACUUUGUCCGCUACAAGUAACUUGUGCAGAGUGAAGAGAUCUUUCAAACCAUACCAGAAUGAGCAGGUUUCAGUCAAGGACACCCCAGAAAAUGGCAAAAAAACCAUGUAACAUUGACCUGAAAAUUUCCAUGAAAAUCUUGUUCCACUGCCGACAUUACUAUGUACUUUCCUUUCCUCUAAUCCUAAUAUCGAAAGAGCUUUUCCAAAAACCUUUCCCACCAAAUUGAAGCCUACUAAAUCCCCAACCAAAAAAGAAUGAGGCGAGAAAAGCGAAUAAAGGGGGAGGAGAGAAAGUGAAAAGUAAAAGUCAAGGCUGUUGUGUCAUUUUUAAGCCAAAAAACUAUUUCAAAAUUUUGCUUUCUGCGCAUGCCCGAACUUCGCAAGCUGAUAUUUUGCAUCUGGAUCAGAAGGCCACAAGGUGUGUGACCUGUAAACGACUUUGUGCUAAGUUUUAGCUCUUUAUAGCAUGACAGCUUGAUGACCAGAAAAGUGCUCAACUAGCUUCAAAACGUGUUUUUCUGCCAAAUUUCCAGAGGCAGAUGAGGGGCAUGGUUAAGAGAAUUCAGUUGAUUUGAAAUAAUUAUGAAAGAGUAUGAAUUUUAGUGGGUAAAUUAAUGUAUUAUUGUAUCCUGUUUUUUUCCUUACUACAAUUUAGGAUAUUGACACAAUUUACUUAUCACUUAAUACCAAAGUACUGAACAUCCAGGACUUUGACCACUUAGACCAAAAGUAAGUCAAAAGAUCUUCAUAUUUUUCUUAUGAUAGGAAUUAGCUGUCACAUGUACGUGUAUGCCACAGUUUGUCUUAAAGCCUGAAAUGCACAAAGGUUCGGUGUAGCCAGGCCUCAUAAGAUUGUCCCUUUUUCUCCAUUUUAGGUCGUUAGAUUAAGUAAGGCCUUCUACAUAAUAAUUUUUACAACAAUUAAACUUAUAGAGAAGACAAGUUCCAAGGUUGAUUACCACUUGUGUGCUUCUCAAUUCUUGUUUUUUGUGAAAGUAAUGUCAAUGAAAUUAUUUGUUAGUUAUGAGGAUACUUGCAACUUUAAUAUUCAUCAUUAAGAAUUAAAUUCUUUGUGUUAAAUAUUCAACCUUUCAGGGAUUUGGUUCCCAUUAUUUCAACACUGGAGUACAAUGAUUGGUUUACUAAAGUGACAUGUGAUUCAUUCAAACUGGUAAGUGAUAUUCUCAUUCUCAUGCAUGCAUUGUUUAGUUAAAGAAUUCAUUAAAAAAAGAAAAAUUUUACAGGAAUUAAAAGCCAUUGAAGAGCAGAACAGAGCUUUUCUUUGGCAUGCAGUUAACUUUGUCAGUGUGUGGUCCAAUGUAUUAUAAACAACAAUGGGCCCAAGGUAGAGCCUUGAGCAACUCCAACAGAUACUGCAGCUGGGUCAGACUGGGUAUUUGCCACAGCAGGUAACUAGGCUUCUAAUGAACAAAUUUUAAAGCCAAGUAAACAACAGUGUUCUUUUUGUUUCAGGGAUCUGAGGUCUGUGAUGCAAUUAUAAGAGUCAUCAAAAAAUCAUCAUCAAUUGAAGAGUUGGUUUUUGAUAAUGUUGGGUUUGGAAGGUAAUUUCUUUGGAUAGUACGAUUCAAUUAUUUAUCUUUGCAUGGGGCAUUAUAAGGUAAACUUGAGGGCAAGUUGAUUUAUUAAAAAAUAUAUUGUUUAGAUUUUUGAUUUGUAGUCAAUAAUUAAGUAUAUGUAUAUAGUAUAUACAAAAUAUUAUUGUGGCUAUUUUUAUUUUAUUUUAAUUUUUUCCAUUUAUUAUUAAUUAUUAAAUUUGUAAGUUACACUUUUUUUUUCUUCUUUCCUUUUCCAAAUUUGUUAAUUAAAUCGGAAGAGGGCUCACAUAGUGGAGAUUUAAUAAAGAUACUGUACUAUAUAUUGUACUGUACUGCUGUAUGGAUGUAGAGCACUUUAACCACAUUUAUAAAUGUAUUGUCUUGCACAACAGAGCUGGGCUCUAAUUUAACUGUUGACUCUAGUUUUUACUUGUAUAUCCCCAAUCUCCCAAGUGGUUUUAGCUGGUGGCAUUAACUUUAGCGCUAAGGGACUAUGUACAUUGCAAAACUCAUUUCACACCUCAGAGAACAUCCAAAAUAAAAAAAUAACAUUGAUGUACAUGUACAAGAAAAAUACGAGGUUUCAUUUGAUAAGGACAUAAUAUUUCAGAGUAUAGAUAAUACAUGUAGGAUUUGGUUAAUAGACUCAGAAGGGCCUCUUUCAAUGUGUGUUUGUAGUUUAAAGUAAAAAUCAGGUUAUAAAGUGGUUUCAACUGUAAUUAAAUCAGUGUGUGAUCUUAGAAAAACUCUGACCCUUUUUUACUUUUCACACUUCACCUGCUAGUAGUCAUAGAGUUUACCAAGAAAUGAAAAGUGGCCCAUCAGGGGCGGAUGUAGGGAGAGGGUGCACGGAGUGCACACCAUGCGGCUUUCUAAUACAACUGUUAUUCUGCAAAAAAAAUAAAAUCUUCAUGGUUUAUUGGUGUUGAAGUAAAACAUAAGAUGAGGUUGAUGUGGUUGAUAUGUUGAUAUGUAUUCUCAGCAGUUCACAUUAUGUUGUUGCCUAGUCAAAGCCUUCUUUGUAUUCGCUUUUAAAAUUUGUUUACCUCACCAGUCGGUUAUGCCAUUCCUUAGUGGUGCACCCCCUAAGAAGGAAAAUCCUAGAUCCACCCCUGCACAUGUAGCUAUUGUGGGUGCAAAUACUAACGAACAAAUACUCGUGAGUUGUUUAUUGCUAAAUACUAAUACUUUGCUGCAAAUUCCUUUUAGAGAUUACUGUCAGAAACUUGCCCUGGCUCUUACAUCUAACCCCAAAACAGCUUUAAACUCCUUGAGUUUGAAUGGUAAUGCUAUUGAAGACAGAGGUAUGUUUUGUAACUACAGAAUCAAAAUCAACCAUAACAAAACAGUCUGCCCUAGGAGAGAUUCAUAUAGUAAUAAAAAGGGUAGAAGUCUGUCAUGUUUCAGCACAAUAAUCUUCAUGCCACUAAAUAAUAAAAAUUAUAAAUCUCUCAGCUACAUUACUAAUUAUAUUGUAUUAUCUACAUUUUGUGAUUUCUUUUUUGGGGGUCGUUAAAAAUGCAAGGCAGCAUAAUGGCAAUAAAAAUCAGGACAGUAGAUCUGAUAGCCUCUAUGAGAAAGAAAUAAUGCAUUACUGUACGCAUAGCAACAACAACAAAAUCAAAUAGCUUGUGCUGCAUUACAUGAUUAUCUUUUUGAUACUGACUAUUGCAGUGUGAAGUAAAUCAUUAGACGUUUGCUGUGUCUCUCUCUGAUUUUUGUCUCCUUGAUGUCAAGGUGUGAUCCAUUUAUCUGGGGUGUUUAGCAAGCUCCCUCAUGGCUUGGUGUCUCUUUCUCUCGCUGAGAAUGGUAUCACCCCCAAAGGUAAUGCUGGAUGUCUUGGAAACAUGAUAAUAAUGAACCUCUGUAAUUUAUAUUACCCACACCCCAAUAUAACAACUGAUUUUCUUUCCAGCUCACUGCACAAUGUGUGGUAAGACUUAAUAUAACACAUCCCUGCAGGGUUUCUACAGGUCAUGGAAAACCUUGGAAGUCAUGAAAUGUAAGAGUUUCAUUUUCCAGGCCUGUAAAGUCAUGGAAAUUUAUUGUAGGGAUGGAAAGUCAUUGAAAAUUGAAGUUACAUUUGUUAUAUUAGUUCGUGCACACUCCAAAACAAGGACAAAAAGAUGUAAUUAAACAGCUUUUAAAAAUGGCACGCAUUUUGGUAGACACUAAAAAGUCAUCUGUUAAACUGAGCUAGGUAAAAAUGCCCUAAAAAAGGAUAGCUUUAAAAGUUUCCAUAAGUGACAGCUACAUGUGUAUACCUAAAGUGCUGGAAAACUGCAAAAACUCAUGCAAAAAAGUCACUGAAAGUCAUGUCAUUUGAAGAGCUCAAAAGAGUACGAACCCUGAAGGUGACUUGGGUAAUAAUAGUGACUUGAGUGACUAGUGUGCCUAGGGUAACUUGAGUGACUUGCAUAACUUGGUCAACUUGGGUUCCUAGGGUGACUUGGGUGACUUGCAUAACUUGGUCAACUUGGGUUAGUAGGGUGACGAGGGUGACUAGGGUGACUUGGGUGAGUUGGGUGACAAGGGUGACUUGGGUGGCUAGGGUGACUAGGGUGAGCUGGGUGACAAGGGUGAGUUGGGUGACUAGGGUUAGUUGGGUGACUUGGGUGACUAGGGUGACUUGGGUGACUAGGGUGACUUGGGUGACAAGGGUGACUUGGGUGACUAGGGUGACUUGGGUGACUUGGGUGACUAGGGUGACUUGGGUGACAAGGGUGACUUGGGUGACAAGGGUGACAAGGGUGGCUUGGGUGACAAGGGUGACUUGGGUGACUAAGGUGACUAGAGUGACCUCCGCGACUUGCAUAACUAGGGUGACUUGGGUGACCAGGGUGAGUUGGGUGACUAGGGUGACUUGGGUGACUUGGGUGACUAGGGUGACUUGGGUGACAAGGGUGACUUGGGUGACAAGGGUGAGUUGGGUGACUAGGGUGACUUGGGUGACUUGGGUGACUAGGGUGACUUGGGUGACAAGGGUGACUAGGGUGACUUGGGUGACAAGGGUGACUUGGGUGACUAAGGUGACUAGAGUGACCUCCGCGACUUGCAUAACUAGGGUGACUUGGGUGACUAGGGUGACUUGGGUGACUAGGGUGACUUGGGUGACUAGGGUGACUUGGGUGACGAGGGUGACUUGGGUGACAAGGGUGACUUGGGUGACAAGGGUGACUUGGGUGACUAAGGUGACUAGAGUGACCUCCGUGACUUGCAUAACUAGGGUGACUAGGGUGACUUGGGUGACUAGGGUGACUUGGGUGACAAGGGUGACAAGGGUGACUUGGGUGACUAAGGUGACUAGAGUGACCUCCGCGACUUGCAUAACUAGGGUGACUUGGGUGACUAGGGUGACUAGGGUGACUUGAGUCACUAAGGUGACUUGGGUGACUAGGGUGAAAGAGGGUCGUGUCUCAUUUCUAAGUGGUUUUCUGCUACUUAUUCUCAAGAAAAUGAUAGUUAGACUUUGUUAGGGUCUGGUCAUGUGUUGUUUUAUUCAACUUGAUUGUGAUGUCAAUGUACUUUGAAGAAGUUUUAUUUGAAUGGUCACACCAGAGGAUUUCUUCCACAGACUCAGAACCAGUCGAUACAGCAUCAUAAAUAGUGUCAUUGCUCCUCAACUUAAUAUUUUAUCCAUUGCCACAUUAGUUAGAGCCAGUUAAAGUACAGUAUAACAAACUCGAUAGCAGCAUUUGAAAGUACUUCUUAAGAGUUUUCAGGGUCACAUCAGGAGAUUUGAACAACGUCACAAUCAUUGUCUCUAUAAUACCUUACAUGAUGCAUAAGAGGGUUAUGGUGACAUUAUCUCUGUACAUCUUUCUGCAGGAGCAAGUUCACUUGGCCAGGCUUUAAAAUCCAAUAAAUAUAAUGAAAGUUCUCUGCAGAGGUAAGUGAAUUUGAAGAUGCUAAUCUUCACUUUAGAUAUCCUUUGUCUUUCCAGUCAAGACAUGUUUGCAGUGCAGUUUUUACCUGCGUCGCUGCUUGAAAGUUUUGUGAUGCCCUUUUAACAUGAUUGUUUUUUACAAACUUUUGACAACUUGGAUAGUUUUCAGUAAUGUAGAUCAACUCAAACUGAAGAUGUCAUGAAGGCAGACUAGUGCAUUUAAGAGGGUUUCAUUUUAAAUUUUGAUUUGUGGAAAACAUGUCACAACAAUAUCCAAAACUUUGUCAAAUCUUCACUGUUUUAUGAUUUUUUUUGGUGCCAGACUGGAUCUCAGCAAAAAUCCUUUCAAAGGAGAGGGAGUUGCAGUAAGUCAAUGUUAUGUUCAUUAUAGAGAAAACGCUUUUCAGUGAAGCUGUAUGCUUUUUCACCAACUGCCCCUUGCAUCCUGUAUCGGUUAUGAGGCUUUGCUUGUAUUGUAAAUUUUUUUAUAUCUUUUUUUGGGUUUAUUCAGUUGGUUAUAAGAAUAAUAAUAACAAAAUAAUGCAGAAAGAUUGCCAUAAAUUCACUGUCUGGAGAUUUAGGAGAAUGUCACUUGCUCCUGAAUCACGCCUGGCUGCCGAAGCAGUGCAUUCAAGCAAUUUCUAGUUUUUGAAUGUAAACUGACGUAAUAUUCACAGGUAUUCUAGACUACAUAUAGGUUCCUUGUGGAUUUUCUUUACACAACAUAAACAGUGUAGGUCAUUAGUUAAAGUCAACAGUUAACUCGGUACCUUUCUUCGUGGUACUUCCAUGUACAAUUGUAUAAACCAACAGUCUUUAUUUAUUUAUUUCUUGAUGUGUUUGUCUAUUUAUUUACUUGAUAUUUAACAAUUAAUGAAUCUGUAUGGUUGUACGUUGAUUUUCCAGGGAUUGUGUGAUUUUUUUGCCAAGCCAAACAUUUUAACCUGUUUGGAUCUGUCAUCCACUGAAUGUCCUCUUGACUUGGUAACUACAUUCUAUAAUUUUAUAAUAAACCCUGCUGAUCAGCUAAUGCUUGUGUACCAUUUUGCAUGACAAAAUGCAGUGGAAAAAACAACAACAACAAAACAAAUCAUGACAAAACGAAACGGCAAAAACAGGCCAAUUCCAAAAACAAAGCAAACAAGAAACAAACAACAAAAACAAAAAAAUACAGGGAAGUCUUUUAGUCGACGUUGAAGUAUUUAGAUAUCUGGUGAAAAUUGGUGGUCAUAGAUCAGGAAAUGUUUAAGGAAAAAUUAAAUUCUUCAAGGGCCGGGAAAAGUCAGGACACUUUAAUCUGAGUACAAAAAUUGAGACAUUUUGGAACAAAGGUCAGGGAAUCAGGGAAUAAGCACUUCUGGUCACUUUGAUCUGAACAAAUUAUUUUGAUCUGAAUAGUUCAAAAAUUAUUAUGUAUAUGUAUUUAAACGGUAGAUAUAGGCAUAUUUUUAUCCCCUAAAAAUUUUUCAUCUGUUCGGAUUUCUUAGCUGAAAGUUAAUGAAAAGGAAAACUGUUGAAAUGAUAAUCAAAAAUGAGUGACCCUUAAGCAAUUAUACCAUUUUUUAGAUCUUGGAGGGAGUUUUACAACAAAUGUUUCGAAAAUUGUAGAUGUCAAAUCGUCUUCCGAACAGAUAUUCUUCCGAAAAUUGCCGUUGGGUGCCCCUGAUGUAUUCCCUUAAUGAAAAAGGAAAACUGUUGAAAUGAUAAUCAAUGAGUACCUUUCAUAUGGGAGUCACACCACCUGCAAAGUUGUCAAUAAGGCGCUUAAGCAACGACCACGGCGACGUCAACGAGAACGGCAACAAAGCAAUAGGUUUAAAUUGGCAAAACAACAACGUUGUACGUGCAUCACGCUCUAUUGUACAUGUCCUUGCCCUCACUGCACGACUACAACGUGAAAAUGCCUAAUUUCACGUGUUGUGGAGAACAUGAACACAAGACAACGACUUUGUUUUUCUUUUCUUAAAUUUCGAUACAGUCUAAGAAUUUAAACUUGACGAAUUGAACGAGAUGAAAUAAGAGCGAUAAAGUUUAAAGCAGCUGGAAUUCACCUUUUAAGUGACGUUUUCGUAGCCGUAGCCGUCUUUGUUGCUUGAGUUCCCUAAUAAGGACAGGGGCCGGGCUGGGGGAUUUCCCCUGGCUAUGAUGAGCAUGACGCUCGGGUACUUUUACAGGAAACAAAAGGAAAACAGAACGUAAAACAAUUCCUAGCUGUUCAGUUUCCUUAUUAUUGUUAGUGUACCUGGCAACUUGAAAUCUUAGCAACAGCCCUGCUGGGCACGGGGUCAAAUUUUAUAAGAUCCACAACUUUUAGAUAGCAUUUACUGCCCUUAACUUUGUGUCAAAUUGAUUCGUGAAGAAAUUUCAAAACAAACGUUUGCAAAGUUGUCAGUAUUGAUUAAUAAGACUACAACAAUCCUAGCCUUAAAACUUCACAUAGCAUGUUUUUCUUUGUUUUCUAGUCACAAAUAAUCGGUGAGCAUGAAUUAAGAAUAAUCAUGAACUGCCUUCCUUCACUUCAUUAUUGCUUGUGGCUUUAGCUCUUGCCACUCCACCCUGACCUCUAAAAAUUUUAGUUUUGCCCCAACUGAACACCUAAGCAUUUGAGGCAUGGAAACGUAUUGGUAAUGUUCUAAACGUUUUUUUCAGUUAUUUGGUGCUCUCAUUAGAGGAUGUGCUCAGCAGUUAUCUUCCAUCAAACUUGCUGGAAACAACUUUACCUCAAAGUAAGAAAACGAAUUAACCCUCAUCUUUAUAACAAUUCUUUUGCUUAAAACUACCUUCUCUAGUGUUUAGGGAAUGGAAUAUUUGGAGCAACAUUCAUUUGAACAUUGACGUUUGCCCUUUAUUAUUUAUGUUGGUCCAUGUACUUAAUCCAGCCUUUGGCGACAUGUCACAACAUAAAAUUUCAUUCCUCGUUGUGAGACUUCACUUUUUUUCUAGUUUCACUUUGUUGGGUGACCAAUUUAAAGACUCUGUUCGUCUUUUUUAAAUUGACUCUUAAUAUUGUGAUACCGAGCCUACAUUUUAACAAAUCUCCUUAGCAUACAAGAUGGUAUAGUUCCUGUACAUAUACCUUCUCUUUCAUUCAAUUUCUUUGUGUGUAUUUUUUUAUUUAGAAAAAGUAAAGAUGCUGUUGUACCACCAUCCUUUACACAGGUGAGAUAACGAAGUUCCCUACAGUUUUCAAACAGAAAAAAAAUUAAUUUCAAGAGUGCAUUGCGUGUUAUGGUGUAUAAGAACAGAUGGUUUAAUUGCGGGCAACCAGAGAAGCCCGCAGUCCUAAUCUCCAGGAUGCUAUUACGCAUGCUUGGCACGUAUAUAGCUAGCAUUCGUUUGGACCUUCUUUUCUAUCACGUGUAGUCUGAUCACGCGCGUUUUGAUCUUUUAUCACGUGAAACUUACGCAAAGCACCAGCGUUGGAACAAGAGCGUUUUGAAACUCCCCCGCACUACCUAAUCUUUGGUUAUUGCUUGUAUUAGAACUACGCGCUGGAUACUAGCAGUUCCUGGGUCCACCCAAGGGCCAUGAAAAACUGGUUGCCAAUUAACCCUUCUAAUGCCGCUAAUUGUGGGCAAAUAAAAAUUCGAAUGGUAACACCAUAGGCCUUGAUUUGAUUUUUGGUGUACAAUCAGAUCUUAAAAUUUAGAAGGACUCUCGUAAUAACGUGGCCUUGGAAUGAAAGUGUUGACGAGAUGGUAAUGGAAACGAGGUUACUAGGUAGAAAAUGGCCUCAUGCAUGAGGGUCUAUAACGUUUAGGUCAGAAUAUGUGGUCUUAAUAGCAGGGUGACAGUGAGGUGGAGUUUCACUGUCACUGAUGUUCAAUACUAGUGUCAGUAUUUGAAUAGGUUUUUCUGAGAAUCACUUUGUUUUCAGAAAAAAAAAUGUCUUUCGUAUUUAUUUUUAGUUUUUCAGCAGUUCCCAGGCUCUAAAAUUCUUAGACGUGUCUGACUGUAAAUUGCACGCAGAUGCUGUCAGGUAAAGUAUCUUGUUUAAAACCUAGCUUAUGUAGACUGGCAGUAAGAUAUAAACAAGUUUAAGUAAAGCCUCUUUAGGUGCUGCCAUUGGUUCCUUUGUAAUUCUUUACAACAUGCAGCUCACUAUCAUUUCCAUACUACAUUCUGCCAAGCAUCAACCACUAAUUACUAGUGCUUUUUCUAAGCAGUGUUUUAGCCUGAUAAAGUUGUAAGUACAACCUUACUUCUUAGCUUUUCAUGAGCAUGGUAAUACCUUGAGUAAUGCCUGAAUUGAAUUGCAUUGUCGAGUUCUAAUCAGCAAGUAAAGUACAACGUUUUUGGGAGAAUGGUUUUAGUGAAAGCCCAAUGUUUUGGCUUCUAGGGGACAAUGGCAGUACUUGUGACUGCUCUGUCCUACAGAAUAUGGGUUAAUCUUCAUAUUGGUGGGCUUAUUAUGAGUUGAACACAAAGUCGCUACCACAAAUUUUAUGAAUGGCUGGAAAUCUGGGCCAUCAUAGGGUCAAAAUAACUCUGGAAAACGUUCUAGAUGCUUGUUGCUCAUAUUCAUAGUCCACCUACUUUUGAAAUUUUUCCAUUGUUCAAAGCUCUUGUGAUAAAAUAUUGUUGUAAAAUUUCGCUACAUCACUAAAUUAGUUUUUUUAACCCUGUUAUUUCUCAGAGCGAUCCUUCAAGGACUACAUGAGAACAGUGUCCUUUCUGAUGUUGAGAUCAACAUAAGCAACAAUGAAGUAAGUAAUAGGCUAUUUCAGAGUUGCCCCAAGCCUCUGUUUCAAAGUGAGGCUAAAUGCGAAGCCAUUGAUAUGAAAAUGAUUUCUUAUUCUCAUCCAAAUAAAACUCGUUUUCACAAGAAAGGUUUUACACUUGGCCUGGUUGUGAACGUGAGAGUUUUUGGAACUCGGAAAUAGCCUGUUAAUCGUGCUGAUCCCCUUUCGCCUGAAAUGUAUAUUGUUUUACGCGUUUUUUCAAAUAUGAUGGCUACGAUGGCCACAAAAAAGGAAAGUAAUCAAAAUACAGUCGUUUGAUUAAUUCUUGUAUUAUAUCAUGAUGUUCAACAACAGUUGUCAAACAAACAAAUUCAAAAACUCAGACCAACAAUUUCAACGAAAUCGAAUCGCUUGAACUUUAUCAGCGAUGAAACGAGGUUACGUAUUAAAAAGGCUGUUACGUAUUCCCAGGGGGAUCUCUCCCUCGUCCCUAUUCAGAAAGGGUUUCCUUUGUUUGAUGGCGACUGCGUCCCUUUUGACGCGGCACUUGAUGGUGUGAUUUUCGUCUCAAGAACCAGUCUUCAUGCUGAUUUUUCACUACGCAUCAAUAGUGUAGUAGAGAUCAGCUGGGCCUCUUUUUGGGCGGGAAUGUCAUUAAGGAGGGCAAGAAUUCAUGAACGCCGAUGACGUCACAGCGUUUUGUCUUUAUCUCAUGAUUAAAAUGCGGUAGUUUCGUGGUUAAUAUUAAGUCAUGUGCUAUUUUAAGGUGGACUAACCGGUUGGUGGUGGAGGUAAAACGAUGGAAGUGUGGUGGUGGUGGUGGAGGGAAAACAACAGAGAUGUGGUUGUGGUGUUGGUGGAGGAAAACGAUGAAAAUAUGGUGAUGGUGGUGGUGGUGGUUGGAAAACAGUAGAAAUGUGGGGGGGGGGGGGGGGGGUGUGGGGGUGAAAAAUUGUUGUUCUUGGUAGAAAAGAAGAUUUUUUCAAUCUUUUGCGAUCUUAUGAAAACAAGCCUCUAUUUGAUGUCUUGUAGUUGAGAGGUCCUGGAGCCAAAGCCAUUUCAGAUAACAUAUCCAAGCUAAAGUGUGUCAGUAGACUGGAUAUAAGCGAUAAUGGUGAGUAUGAAUAAUAACCUGCAGCGUAAACCCUUACUAAAAACUCCUAACAGGGGUCAAAGAAGGAAAAGCUCAAGAAAAUUCAAAUUUCUUUUUAUAAAAUGUGUAGUUCCAGAAAAUAUGCAUACUUCCCCCACGGAGGGCACUUUUUUUUAAACCCCACCCCUUAAAAUUUUCAUCCCAGUGGGUGCCUGUCAUUCCCCCUUCGGUGGGUACCCCCUGGAAAGAAUAUUUCCGUCAAAAAUACUCUUCCACUGUUUUUAUAUACACUUUACUUCUUCUUCCAUCAAAUUGGCCAUUUUUACGCUAGAGACGUUAAAGUUGUCAUUAGAAGACUUAAAGUCUAGUGUGAAAACGGUAAAUAAGACAGACGUAUUUAACGUCUUCUGUUACGUACUUAACAGACAACUUUAACGUUAAAUGCGUCUAAUAUUGAAACGGGACGCCUUAAACUGGAACAUCCAACCCGUCCAGAAACGACUGGGAAGAGUCAAUGUUUUGUCUUUUUUCAGAAAAUUGUGUUUUUUUUCAAUGUUUUCGUCUACUUUUAUGCUUCCCGUUAUUGCACCAGAGGACUUUAACUUUAGACUCGAUUACCAGCCGCUGUUCUGGAAACGAGCCCGCCGCGCUCGUUAAAUGCGUCUAAAAACGGCCAUUGGCCUACUGCCAAUGUAUAGGUGUUUAUGGGUGACAUUCUGCACGCCUCUUUACAGUACUCAACCUGUGUUGUUAUGGCCUCCUUGAAUGCUAAUCGCUCCCUUUUCUCGCUUUAGGCUUUGAAGGAGAUUUAGUCAAGAUACUUGAGAAGCUGUCUUCCAACAAAUCUCUUAGAUAUUUAAACUUAGGGCAGAAUACAAAACACGCCAGGUAAGAUAUCAAAAAGCUCUGUUUUAAAGUUAUCCGUAUUACUUAGCGUGCACCUAAGAAUCCCACACAGUGAGCCGACACUCUCGCCUAAUCAAUACCAGCAUUAGCCUGCGUAGCUUACGGUUUUUUUGGAGUGUUUUUUCUUUUGUGGUUCGUAAACUAAGAGAUUCAACGGCGCGAAUGCAGAACCGAGGACUACAAAAAACCCAUCGUUUUCUGUUUCGACCUCGGUUCAGCUUUUGCGCGGCUUUAACUCUUACUUUGCGAACCACAAAACAAAACCCGCCAGCUGCACGGGUUUGACCAGCAUUUAUUGUUAAAAACUUCAUAGACACUAACAAUUUAACUGUCGAUAGAAAGACUGUUAUUUCAAAGCAAAAUCAUUGUCAUUAUUGUUCAUGUUCAACUUUUUUUGGAUUGAAAAGAAAUUUUCUGUAGCAAUUUUACACCUGUUGUUUUAUUACAGGAGUUACGCUGCUGUUAUGGAAGCACUAGUUCAGCUUAUUUCUGAGGAAAAUUCGGUUUGUAAUUCUUAAUUGUAUAAGAAUUAGCAAACAUAGGUUGCUAACGUAAAAUAUCACGUUACUUCAACUCCCUGCUGCUGUACCAACUUCUUAUUAUUAAAUUUUUUUUUUCACUUAAUGUAAUGAAAAAGGUAAAUGUCUAUUGUUUUUCGUUCUUAAUUUUUUCUGCAAAGUGAAACAAACUUGACGUAUAGACUUUCUUGUACCCCUUCUAAACUGUAAGCUAAGCUCGUGGGGCUGUUUUAAGGAGAGGAAACCAAGAUUUACAACCCCCUCCCCUCCCCCACCCCAGAAAAUAUAAGGAAUAUCAGCAUUCCAUACUGAGAUUUGUGGCAAAGUCUGCGCAACCGAAGUGGUCAGUGGUUUCCUUUGAGUAUCUUCGACCAAUCCUAGUUAACCUGCUGAUUCAAAUGACAUAAGGUGGUGCCCAGUCUCCUUGUAGUGACAAAUUUGGACUCCACUACAUCCUAUAAAGGAAACCUGCUUUUAACGAAAAUGUUAAAUUUAAUUCGCACGGAACCACUCACGCAGUCGGAAGAGCGCUUGACUGCAGAGUGGAAGUUCGUGGGUUUGUUUCUCAGGGCCAGACCAAUAUUCUAUGUUUUCACUGUCACGCUAUCAAACGUAAAAAUACAAACCAGUCUAUACAGAAUGUUCAGAAUCUGGGAAAUGAAAGAAGAUAAAUAUACAAAAAGCCUCGCCAAGAAUCUGGCGUAAUUCGUAUGCGAGAUAUUCGGAAAAACGUUUUACCCAAAUUGAUAAGGCUUUGUAUGGAGACGCCAUGAUGAUGUCCCUUUGAGGGGCACAAAUUUGGCCGCCGGAAACCUUCAGAAACAUCUGUUUUUGAGUUUUCCUACUUUGCGUGAAUUUAUCGCUUGAGGAACUCAUAAAGAUUAAAGUAAUAUUUAUUCUAAGAUAAGGAAUGUUUAGAUAACAAAAUCUCAAAAAAUCAGUGAUGUUUUAACCCACACAAGAGCUUUCUCGGCCGCCAGCUAAAUGCCGCGUCACUCAGAAGCCUGGAAAUUCAACUGUCUUCUAUCGCAAAUAGAAUAACCCUUUGGAACCGAAAAUUUGCGUAAAUAAAGGUUUUUAGGUGCUGUAAUACCUCAUGAAAGUAGAAA